AAUAACUGAAAAUGCUAAAGCAAAUCAAUGGCUUGAGCUUGGCUAGGCGCAAUCUCUGGUUGGUUGCCGGUGGCCUUCGUGCCAAGGGUGGCGACAAGGGCAAGGAGACUGGAAAGUUUCGCACGGAGAAGGACACCUUUGGGGAGCUAAAGGUGCCGGCGGACAAGAUGUACGGUGCGCAGACGAUGCGCUCCAAGCUAAAUUUUCCCAUUGGCGAUAUAGGCGAACGCAUGCCGAUGCCGGUGAUUCAGGCCAUGGGCAUACUGAAGAAGGCGUGUGCCGAGGUCAACAAGGAUUACGGGCUGGAUAGCAAGGUGUCGGAUGCAGUGUCCUGCGCCUGCGACGAUGUCAUUUCCGGCAAGCUAUACAAGCAGGGUCACUUCCCAUUGGUCAUCUGGCAAACAGGAUCGGGCACCCAGACCAAUAUGAACACCAACGAGGUGAUCAGCAAUGCGGCCAUUAAGAUGAUGGGUGGCGAACUGGGCAGCAAGAAGCCCGUGCAUCCCAACGACCAUGUGAACAAGUCGCAGAGCUCCAACGACACCUUUCCUACGGCCAUCCACAUCUCGGUGGGCAUGGAGCUGAAUGAGCGGCUAGUGCCGUCGGUGACCCACUUAAGGGAUGCCCUCAAGUCCAAGUCGGAUGAGUUCAAGGACAUCAUCAAGAUCGGCCGCACCCAUUUGAUGGACGCCGUACCGCUGACAUUGGGCCAGGAGUUCAGCGGCUACACACAGCAGUUGACCAACGGCCUGGAAAGGAUCAAAAGCUGCCUGCCGCGGGUGUAUGAGCUGGCCCUGGGCGGCACUGCCGUGGGAACGGGUCUGAAUACCCGCAAGGGAUUCGCCGAGAAGGUGGCCAAGCGGAUUUCCGAGCUCACCUGUCUGCCCUUCGUGACGGCGCCCAAUAAGUUCGAGGCACUGGCUGCCCGCGAUGCCAUGGUGGAGGUGCAUGGUGUGCUCAACACGAUCGCCGUCAGCCUGAUGAAGAUCGCCAACGAUAUCCGACUGCUGGGAUCGGGUCCGCGUUGCGGUUUUGGCGAACUAUUGCUGCCGGAGAACGAGCCAGGUAGCUCCAUCAUGCCCGGCAAGGUGAAUCCCACGCAGUGCGAAUCGAUGACCAUGCUGUGCGCCCAGGUGAUGGGCAACCAGGUGGCCGUGACCAUUGGUGGCUCCAACGGCCACUUCGAGCUGAAUGUAUUUAAGCCCUUGGUCGUGUCCAAUGUGCUGCGCUCCAUUCGGCUGUUGGCUGAUGGCAGCAUGACCUUUAGCAAGAACUGCGUGGAGGGACUGCAGGCCAAUAAGGAGAGGAUCGACAAGAUCAUGAACGAGUCCCUGAUGCUGGUGACCGCCCUGAAUCCCCACAUCGGCUAUGACAAGGCCGCUCUGAUCGCCAAGACGGCCCACAAGAAUAAGACCACCUUGAAGGAGGAGGCACUGAAGACUGGCAUUACCGAGGAGCAGUUUAAGGAGUGGGUCAAUCCCAAGGAUAUGCUGGGGCCGAAGUGAUUCGUUUUGUGGUUAUUGACAAUUUGUUUCUUAGUUUCAUAUAAUAAAUUAAUGCGUGUCAUUGUAUUUUAAAUUUAUAUUU